GUAUAACUUGAAUGGUGACCCCAAAUUCGGGUAUAUCAAAGGAAAGGCCCAAGAAAAAAGUUCAGCCCAAGCAAAAAUACCCGGCAAGAACAACUGCUUGUCUGGAUCCUUUUCCUUUGAAGGAAGAAAUAGAAUCACUGAUCAGAAACAAAGCUCAAAGCUCUCUGCAAUUUCCCGACUCCAAAAAAAUGCAACAAGGAGAUUAUCCCUACUACAGCUACCCCAAUUCUGGCCAUAUAUCGCCGGCUCCGAUUCCAAACCCCGCCCCUUCACCACCGUCAUACGCCUCUGCUCCGCCCUUCUCCGCCACUUACACUCCCUCUUCCGAUUACGCAUCUUAUCCUCCUCCUUAUACCUACAACAAUCCCGAUUUACUCUCCACUGCUCCACCUCCGCCUCCUCUGUCUCCGGCGCCGGCUCCGGUAGUGCAACAGCCUCAAUACUCCUCUCCGUUUCCGUCAUUUGAAUCUCAUGGACCUUAUUAUCCUACCUUGACUCCGACUCCGACUCCGAAUUCUUCGUAUCCUUCAGUUUAUCCAGCUCAAAAUUACGAUAAUAGUACUGGAAAAUUCGAUCAUAACGGGGCUUAUUUUGAUGAAAAAUUGGAUAAUUAUGGAAAUUAUGGUUCACGGAGAGGUGAAUUUGGGCAAGAUAGUUAUGUUAAACGAGCUGAAAGUGGAUAUGGUAAUGAUGGUUAUGGUGAUGGUGAUGGAGUUUAUGCCUAUCAGGGUAGUAAAGUAGAGCCUUAUGGGGCAAGAGGGACUAGUUCAAAGUCAUCGACUUGGUCGUCGAGCUUCGAUGAUUUUGGGAGGCCAAUUGGGUAUAAUUCUCCAAAGGAACGCUCAUCAGCUCCAGCUGCGAAGAUUGUUAAGGCUGUUCCUAAGGUCGAUACACAGCAGGAUGUGAAAAGUGGUGUGCAGAAGUUUAGGGUGAAGUUGUUAGCUGAAAGUGGUGGACAGAGUACUCAGGAUGUUCUUUGCCAGAUUGGCUUGGAUGGAAUCCGCAUGUUGGACCCGAGCACUAGCCGGACAUUAAGAAUAUACCCUCUUGACACGAUAACUCGAUGUGAUGUAAUGGAUUCAUCUACCCUUGUGUUCUGGUCAAAAAGUGCAGUGGAUAUAGAUCCGAGGCGUAUCAGACUGCAGUCAAACAGUUACACAACCAGUUCCCUUUUAGAUACAGUCACGGCUGCAACUGUGCAGUUCAAGGAGAUGGGUGGAAGCAUCAGGUCUUCUGAAUCUCCAAAAGUGGCUGAACAGCCUACCGAGAAGAAGAAAGGUCUUGCUGAUUGGAUUAAUAUAGUGAAGCCUGUCAAUGAGGAGAAAGAUCACUGGGUUCCUGAUGAAGCAGUUUCCAAGUGCACAGCUUGUGGAUCAGCCUUUAAUGCUUUUGUGCGCAAGCAUCACUGUCGGAACUGUGGAGACAUUUUCUGUGACAAAUGCACUCAGGGAAGAACUGCACUGACAGCUGAUGAGAAUGCACCAGUUGUUAGAGUUUGUGACCGAUGUUCGGCUGAGGUUUCUCGUCGGUUAAGCAGCGCAAAGGAAACUGUAAAUAGGUCAUCUGGAUUGCAUAGUCAUGAAGACCUUGCCAAGAAGCUUCAGGAGGAGAUGGAGAGAAACCGAAGAGAAUCAUCUGGCUCUAGACAAGAUCGUUCAGGGAGGAUGAAAGAGGUUGCGUGCCCUACUUGUACUGUACAUUUGCAGGUUCAAGUUCCGAGCUCAGGUUCCGAGACUAUAGAAUGUGGGGUUUGCCAGCAUCCGUUCCUCAUUAGUUCACACUGAUUUGUAUGUUUUUCGUCGAUGGAAGGAAGGACUGCAUCACUCUUUUCUGGUUUUGUGUGUUGUUGUCGUACAUUAUUUUGUGCGUCUGUUAAUAUUUGAAUCGUUUAUGACGUCUUUGGCUGUUCACUUGCCCUUUGAAUCAUGGAAAGGCCAUUUGCUCAUUUGCAUUUGUUGUAUUAGCAGGAAGAAAUCUAACACUUGGCUAUUUUUCUCUUUUUAUGGAGAAAAUUUAAGUGAA